AUGCGGAAAUCGCGACAAUACCACCAGGCCCUAUUGGCAUCUGGUCUGGCAGCCGGCCUAUGCCCCAUUUGCUGCACAGAGCCUCAACUGGCAGGGAGCCCUGCUGCGAGCAUGUACCAUACCUGCCGUUACUCUGUUGGCAGGGGAAACCCCCAGCGCGCCGGGAAAAAGACGCUGGGCGGCGCUGCAGGGGUUCCCCGUCCAGUUCCCAAGGCCGCCUGCCGUACCCCCGUGCUCGGCUCAGCCCACGCCCAGCGUUCUCAGCACUCGACUGAUGUCGAUAUGAUGCCGAUUGCUGUUUCGGCUGGGGAAACAUUGGACGACAAGCGCGAUCCACCGCCAGAUAAAAUUAGGACCAAGCUAGCAUUGCAAAACAAGCGCGGCCGCGCAUACGGCGUGUCUGACUACGGUAAGGUUGUACAGUAUACAUCAAUAGCAGUAGCGUUCAAUGGUGUAUGGCAUGAUAUGAUAUACAGCACGCGAAUCAUCGUCAUCUUGCGCCCCAUCCGAUCGCCCGCGUCAAUGUGCGCCUAG